GGGCUUGUGGCGCCAAGACACGCGCACAAACGUACCCGGUAGGAAACCCAUUAACGUUUACCGGCAUCCAAGAUGGCGAAGGCGUUGCAGAAAAUCGUUGGAUUGGGGCAAAGAUUGGGAACUUCAGUGGUCACGCAGGGACCCAAAGUAGCAGGAGAUGCGGUGCAGUGGACAAGGCCCCGCCUGUCCAAGUUCUGGUACUACGCCCGGGUGGAGCUAGUCCCUCCCAUGCCGUCCGAGAUCCCCGCCAUCCAGAAGGGCUUCAGCGAGGUGGUGGCUAGCGCACGCUCAGGGAAAUUUAUGAACCUCACCACAAGGGAGGCAUUCCGUAACACCCUUGUCUGCGUGGAGGUGGCGUUCUGGUUCUUCGUGGGCGAGCAGAUCGGGAGGCGGAGUAUCAUCGGCUACAACGUCAAGUCUGACCACCCGGAGCCCAAGUACAUUUAACGACAGCUGACAGCUGAAGCCUGCCAGUUCCAAGCCCAAAUUUGUGCCAGAUCACCCAGCACCCCUCUUUUAAUAGUGGUGCUUCUGGGCGGUUUGCACGUUGAAGUGUGAUUUAGGUUAUUUUUCUUUUCUUGAAAGUUUGAGCAAAACAAUUUGAGAAAGUAAAAUUUAAAUGAUUGCAUGUGUUUCGUAUUUAAGACUGGUUUUUAUUUAAAGAGAAAUCUUUAGUGGCUUCGUUUUCAGUAAAUUAAUUGAUGAACACUGUUUACCCUAACCCUUCUGGAGUAUUUUGGCAAGAAACCUUGCUAGACAAAUCGGCCUAGCCUGUGUCUCUUGUCAAAGUACAUGUAACUUCCCUGCCCAGUGUAACAAGAUCCAACAGGUCAACUCUCCCCAAGGCCAAGCAGCCUAGGAGUCUGUGGUUGCCAGACACCGCAAGAUCCAGCAGUGGCAUUGUUCCACGGGACUAGCUCCUAUUGUCUCGACAUCGCCAGUUUCACCGGCUGCUGUCGAUUGCCUAGGGCAUCAAAGCACGUCAGACUUUUACACCUGCUGCACUAUGCUGUGUCUGGCAGGGCUAGGGUUAAGGAAGGAUAAAUUAGGCAUUUGAUUUUAUUUCCACCAUAAGUAAAUACCGUUUGCUACGUGUACACGGUAUGGCUAUGACAGAAGUGGAGAUGGAAAUGACGUGUGUGGCUUUGCAAGUCAUAACUCAUUGACUCAUUGCGUAGUGGCUGAAGACACAUACAUGUACAUUGUACAUGUAUACUGUGUGUACAUUUUAGCCACAGUCGGUUCAUUCAGACAUAGCCGUUGUGUUUGCCACACAGGAAGGCGGUGUCCACUUUUGUUGCCUACAGCAACAAGAAGUACACAAAUGUGUGUAAGGUGUAAGCCACAUGUAGUCGUGGCUUCAUGCAUUCUCCAUACGUGUAGGUGCACUGAUUACAUCUAGCCACAGCCAAACCAGUCAGACGCGGUGUUAUACGUGUACGUCUCCCAGCCUUUACGGAAGAGUCCUAAAGACUACUGGUGUUUAGUCUUAUUACUGCCCCCGACUCGACCUUAUGUGGACAGCUUCCCAGUCUAGGCUUACCAUGUAUGGUAAUCCGAUUAUUGCCUCUAUGCAUCAAUACCUUUAUUUCCAACACCAUUUACUUUUUAGCAUCAAGCGCAUAGGUUGUGUUCCACGAAUCCAUUUGUGAAUAAAUUACUGUUGUUUAGAAAGUUGUUAAUUUGAAA